UUUGACUAGCCUACGUCUCUAUCUGAUCCCCUCCAGCCAAGCACUUUUGAUUGGAAUGAUAAUCGUGAUGAUAAUAAAAUUAAUUAAGAUGGACGGUUAUUAACAAAAUUCUCCUAACAGUAAUUAACAAGUAAUGCAACAACUAAAUCAAUGUCAAUGAGUGAGAGAUAUCCUUCCUCCCCAAUCUCCUUCAAGACUCCAACUGUACAGAAUUAUAUUAAACGUGCUUUUUUAUGAGCUAAACAAAUAGAGAGAGACAUACUCCACAUAAAUAGAUCGAGAAAACAAGGACAGACAAAUAAACUCUCUGCAGAAGAUUUACACUUUUUUUAUCUUCGAAUAGAUUUUUUUGGUAUUCUGUGCCCAUUUAAUCCAUUUUGAUGAUUUCUUCUACUCACUCACUUUUCAGCGAUGCAGCUGGAGUCACAGGGAACCUAUUUGCGUUCGUGUUGUUUGUAUCUCCAAUACCCACAUUCAGUAGAAUCGUGAGAAAUCGUUCGACAGAACAGUUCUCGGGACUGCCCUACAUAUAUACACUCUUGAACUGCUUGAUCUGUCUCUGGUAUGGAUUGCCACAUGUAUCGCCUGGUAUCAUAUUGGUGGCUACAGUUAAUUCUGUAGGGGCAGUUUUUCAACUAGUCUAUGUAAUCCUCUUCAUUGUAUACGCGGAUAAAGGGAAAAAGAUGAGAAUGUUGGGACUGUUGCUUGCCGUUUUUGGUGCAUUUGUGGUCAUAGCGUAUGUGAGCAUGACGUUUUUCGACUCUCACACGCGACAGUUGUUUGUUGGAUGCUUGAGUGUUGCUUCUCUCAUAUCCAUGUUUGCUUCCCCACUAUUUGUAAUUAAUUUGGUGAUCCGGACAAAGAGUGUCGAGUUCAUGCCUUUCUAUCUUUCCCUUGCGACCUUCCUGAUGAGCAUCUCUUUCCUCACUUAUGGGGUGUUGAAAUCAGAUCUAUUCAUUUAUUUGCCAAAUGGGAUAGGAACCGUUCUUGGGGCAAUACAGCUGUCUCUUUAUGCUCACUACAGCAGAAUGUCUGGUGACGGCUCUAGAGAACCCUUGAUACCGUCCUUUGCUUGAUGAAUAUAUUUGAAAUAGAUGCAAAGGUAAAUGUCAGCUGUUUUUAUUGUACAUUCGUAGCCCUUUUGUCUUGCUAUUUAUGAAAUGCUUUGCAUCAUUCUUGAGUGGAGAAGUUUGCAACUUGCAAACUUUCCAGAUGAAAUUCUUCCUGUAACCAUUCUUGCUCCCAUGAGUGUAUUUUUUUGUGUAUUAAGAGUUGACAGCAUAUUUGUGAAGUCCUGGAAAGAUGAUGAAAAUAAAAGAUUGUUUACCUUCUUUGCAAA